AUGACGGAGGUUGGGUAUGGAUCAAAUCAGUCUAGAGGAGCAACAAGAUCCGCCACCCCAUUACGGCGUUGCAGCCUCUCAAGAGUUCCAGAAAGGUCGUUGAUAUCAUUGAGGACCCCAGUUAGCUUCAGCUGUGGGGGAUGGGCAAGUCUUCCCGUGCUCGUCUUUUUGAUUCUGGAUAAUUUAUUAGAACCCAUUGACCAUGUUCGUUUUGCUGCUGUUUGCAAGCAAUGGCGUUCUAUGUCCAAACUCUAUAAUCAAGCAACGCAACGGUGGCGCAAUAAACAACUUGCCCCCAUGCUCUUGAUCCCAAACCAGGACGAUGACCACCGAAGAGUAGUGUACAGCAUUUCUGAAGGAAGAGUUUAUAGCAAUAUUCGGCUGCAAGUACCUUUUAGCAGGAGGUGUUGUGGCUCUAGCCAUGGCUGGUUGGCCACAGUUGAUACAACAGAGCAAGGAUGUCCGGUGGUAGUACUCAGGAACCCUUUCACAAAAGCAAAGCCCAUCUUUCUCCUCCCUUGGAUAUCCUUAUCGCAAACACUUUGCGGUCGCUGGCCUAUGUUGGCUUUCAUCAAGGCAGGUCAAAACACUUGGACUUACCCCAGCCCAAAUGGUAACUUUGGUGAUGUUAUAUUCUAUAAAAGCAAAGUGUACGCACUUGAAGCCAUGGGAGACAUUGAGUCAUUGGAUGUUUUUAGCAGUGAUAGUAACCCUUCACAGCCGCCACAACUGAAGCCACGCACACCUUUUCGGCCAUUUGAACCUUAUUGUUUUCAUGCAUAUCUUGUGGAAUCAAUUAAGGGAGAUUUGUUGCAUAUCUUAAGAUUUUAUGCGUUAAUUGAUGGUAGGUUCAACUAUGGUGCUGGGCGGCGGACUACGCACUUCAUGAUUUACAAGUGGGUGUUUGACAAUGAAGAUGAAGGAUCUAUUGGGCACAAUGUUGAGGUGAAAAGCAUUGGAGAUGAGGCUCUCGAUGAUUACAUAUCAAACUAUCCAUCCUUAGAGGGUGAUGAACCAUAUGAUAUGGGUAUCUUCAACUUGGAGGACGGAACCAUCACACAACAUUACUCUCUACACUCCAAUUCGCAGAGAGCGAUUUGGGUUGUGCCGCCAUUAAUGGACUAUUUUAGCUUCUAA